ACUCGGUCCACUUGGAUGGGCGUUGGGUUUCCUUAAGGAUACAUUCAAGACGACUGCAGCAUUGUGACUUCUAAAUUCUGACCUCUGCCCAGCGAGGAAAAAUCCGCAAAGAUGUCGGACGCAGUGAUAAGUUUCAUGAAGGAUUUUUUGGCAGGUGGUAUUGCCGCAGCCAUAUCUAAGACAGCUGUUGCUCCAAUUGAGAGAGUCAAGUUGUUACUUCAGGUCCAAUAUGCCAGCAAACAGAUCACUGUUGAUAAACAGUAUAAAGGAAUCAUGGACUGCAUCGUCAGGAUCCCUAAGGAACAGGGCUUUGUCUCCUUCUGGAGAGGUAACCUUGCCAACGUCAUCCGUUACUUCCCCACUCAAGCCCUCAACUUCGCCUUCAAAGACAAGUACAAAAAGAUCUUCCUCGGUGGGGUCGACCAGAAGACACAGUUCUGGCGUUAUUUCGCCGGUAACCUGGCGUCCGGAGGAGCAGCCGGUGCCACCUCUCUGUGCUUUGUGUACCCACUUGACUUCGCCAGAACCAGGCUGGCCGCCGACAUUGGCAAAGCUGGCGCCGAGAGAGAGUUCUCAGGUCUGGGCAACUGCCUCACCAAGAUCUUCAGGUCUGACGGCCUCAAAGGUCUUUACCUUGGAUUCAACGUGUCAGUCCAGGGCAUCAUCAUCUAUAGAGCGGCCUACUUUGGAACCUACGACACAGCUAAAGGUAUGCUGCCAGACCCCAAGAACACACACAUCAUAGUGAGCUGGAUGAUCGCCCAGACUGUCACAGCCGCUGCCGGUAUCAUUUCAUACCCCUUCGACACGGUCAGACGUCGUAUGAUGAUGCAGUCAGGACGCAAAGCAGCUGACAUCAUGUACACAGGCACAAUGGAUUGCUGGAGGAAGAUCUUAAAGGAUGAGGGUUCAGGUGCUUUCUUCAAGGGUGCUUGGUCCAAUGUGAUCCGUGGUAUGGGUGGUGCCUUUGUACUGGUCCUGUACGACGAGAUCAAGAAAUACACAUAAACAUUCUUGUCUCCCCAAAAAAGCCCUCUAUGGCUGCACGUAUGUCUUAAGGUUUUAUUGAAUGAGAACACCAUGGUCAAAUAUUACGAGCAAGGUGUUUUUUUUGCUGGCUUAUGAAACAACAGCUUGGACGUCUGUACAUCUCACCCGAGACGCACAAAAUAGGCAUGGGCGAGUCCUCAGUGGAAACUUGUCAAGCUGGUCGUCAAAACCACACACACUUGCUCAACUCAUAAUUAGUUGAACAUUUCUAUUUAUUACAGCAGUCUGUUAAGAACCCCCAACGUUCAUGUUUUGUCCCACUGAUUUUAUGUGUUGAACCACGUUCUUAAAAUAAAAAUAAACA